UCUGUCAGUGGGGAUUAUUAUUCAGAUCAGAUCGCCAGCAUGAGAGCCAUAGCGCUGUGGAGUUGGACCCUUUUGGCCAUUUGUGGCAUAGUCUCCCUGGGAAGUGCUUCCAAGCCUACUAGUCCACUGGAGCAAGUUCUAGCUUCACCUCUUCAGUCGGCAUCAGUUCCAGUGGAACCAAGUGCAAGAGUCUCCGCCCCAGCAGCAUCCAUCAGCAGUUCCACUCCGUCGAAAUCUUCGUCAGCGGCCACUGGCAACACUAGCAACAAUGCAGCCAAAAAGAAGGCACCGGCCAGCAGGAGCGAGAUCAUUAUAAAGAGGGUCCAUUUAACCUUGGGCAAGGGCGCUAGCUAUGAAGAAAUUAAGGCCAGCGUACAGAGGGCUCCCAAGGGUCCUCGAAUAGAAGUUAUUUACUAUAAUGACGAAGAAGUUGUCUCGACUGAUUUCCUGAGCGAUCCUCAGUCUUCAGUUUUUGAACACAAUUCUGGCAUACUGCUUAACGACAAAUUCGUCAAAUUAAUUUCUUGGUAUGACAAUGAGUUCGGCUACUCGAACCGCAUCGUGGAUUUGGUCAAGUAUAUGCAAAACAAAGAUUGAAAAUAAUACUUGCAAAAAUAUUAGCAUAAUAGCGUGAUCCGGGACCGAAACACUACCGAGAGGAAAAAAAUGUGAAGCAGCAAUUUUGCAAAAUUAUAAAUACAUAUGUAUGUAUGUAUAAAUAUGAUUAUUAUUAUUAAAUAAAGUUUCACGCUGUUAAAUAAAAGAAUGAG